GUGCGGCAGUGUUUGGCUCUUGAUACUCUCCGGAACGCAAAAUCCAUAACCGAUUCUCAUUUCAGCAGCGGAAAGAUGCGCCCGUUUUCCGGCAACGAUUGCUUAAAGCCCGUCACCGAGGGCAUCAAUCGCGCCUUCGGUGCCCGGGAGCCCUGGCAGGUGGCCACCAUCACCGCCACCACAGUGCUCGGCGGUGUCUGGCUCUGGACGUUUGUCUGUCAGGAUGAAAGUCUCUACACGCGUGGCAGGCGGCAGUUCUUCAGGUUCGCCAAGAAAAUACCCGCAGUUCGGCGACAGGUGGAGGCGGAGCUUACCAAGGCCAACAAUGACUUCGAAUCGGCGAUCAAGGAGAGCAACGCACACCUCACAUACACGGUGACGCUGCCCGAAAAGGGUCUGAGCAAGGAGGUGAUCCUGAAGCUGGUGGACGACCAUCUAAAGACAGGUCACUACGAAUGGCGCGACGGUCGCGUCUCCGGUGCCGUGUACGGCUACAACCCGGAGCUGGUGCAGCUCGUGACGGAGGUCUAUGGCAAGGCGUCGUACACGAAUCCCCUCCACGCGGACCUCUUCCCGGGCGUCUGCAAAAUGGAGGCCGAGGUGGUGCGUAUGGCCUGCAAUCUGUUCCAUGGAAGCAACGACAGCUGCGGCACCAUGACAACCGGCGGCACCGAGUCCAUUGUGAUGGCCAUGAAGGCAUACCGGGACUACGCUCGCGAGUACAAGGGAAUCACCAGGCCGAACAUAGUCGUGCCCCGCACCGCGCACGCAGCCUUCGACAAGGGUGGCCAAUACUUCAACAUCCAUGUGAGAUCUGUGGACGUCGAUCCGGAGACCUUCGAGGUCGACAUGAAGAAGUUCAAGCGUGCCAUCAAUAGGAACACCAUUCUGCUGGUUGGCUCUGCUCCCAAUUUCCCCUACGGCACUAUCGACGACAUCGAAGCCAUCGCCGCUCUGGGCGUAAAGUACGACAUUCCCGUCCACGUGGACGCCUGCCUGGGAAGCUUUGUGGUGGCACUGGUCCGCAAUGCCGGCUACAAGCUGCGUCCCUUUGACUUUGACGUUAAGGGCGUAACCAGCAUCUCUGCCGACACGCACAAAUACGGAUUUGCUCCAAAGGGAUCGUCGGUGAUCCUGUACUCUGAGAAGAAGUUCAAGGAUCACCAGUUCACAGUGACCACCGACUGGCCUGGCGGCGUCUACGGCUCACCCACCGUAAAUGGUUCCCGUGCCGGAGGUAUCAUCGCCGCCUGCUGGGCCACCAUGAUGAGCUUCGGCUACGAUGGCUAUUUGGAGGCUACCAAGCGCAUUGUGGACACGGCUCGCUACAUUGAGAGGGGGGUUCGCGACAUCGAUGGCCUGUUUGUGUUUGGCAAGCCAGCCACUUCCGUCAUUGCCCUCGGAUCGAAUGUGUUUGAUAUCUUCCGACUGUCGGACUCGCUCUGCAAGCUCGGCUGGAACCUGAAUGCCCUGCAGUUCCCCUCUGGUAUCCACAUCUGCGUCACGGACAUGCACACCCAGGCCGGAGUGGCAGACAAAUUCAUUGCCGACGUUCGCAGCUGCACGGCGGAGAUCAUGAAGGAUCCUGGCCAGCCCGUGGUGGGAAAGAUGGCCCUGUACGGCAUGGCCCAGAGCAUACCCGACCGCUCGGUAAUUGGCGAGGUGACCCGCCUCUUCCUGCACUCCAUGUACUACACGCCCAGCCAGAAGUAGACAUCUGCCUCCGGCUACUCUUCCUACUGCUCCCACCCAUGCAAGCAUUUCAUCUGCAGUGCUACUGUUUUUAGAACCACCUAGAACUCCGUGUUAUCCAAGCAAUAUUUAUAUAUACCUGCAAUUAGAGCUGUAAUCGAGGGUACAAAAAGUGUCAUCAACAAAGUUGAUUCUGUCUACGAUAUAAUCCUACCAACCGGAGGCAUUCUUUCCUCAAAGAGCUAUUUUAUUAAAGUGAUUGUUCUGUGUAAAGUGUUAGCAAAAUAUAAGUAUAGUACAUUUUGUAUACUCAUCA